AGCUCUUUUAUUUUUAUGUAAAACCUUGUCAAAAACACUAUCAAAAACAUUUUCUUUUUGUUUAUAUUCAAACACUAACAGAUUCUCCAUAAAAGCAUUUCUGAUAGAAGUGCCACUGACAAAGGUAAUACAGGCUAAAAGUGCUUUUACCAUAAUCACUCCCUAAAAGACCAACCCUAGUUGGAGUUAGCCAUAUCAAACAUUUGGUAUCAUCUCUGUGCUUCCAUUUGAUUUCAUAAACAAGAAUUUUAAGGUUUUGUUUGAUACUGCAAGACUUGAUUGAAAAAAUGGGGAUAUUACGUGUUUGAAGAAUUGCCUCUAAGAAACAGUGUCUGCAUAUAUGCAUGACUGGUUGGGGGAAUGGGUCUGCAGUUGUGUAUUGCAUAUAUGUAUGCUGUUGCUUCCCCUGUGUGCUUGGUUAUUGUGUUGAACAAAGUAUGUUGUUUAUCGCCUUGUUUAGUUAGAUUUUCAUCAUUUUGUAUUUCUGUAUCUGUAUGAUGUAUGGUUGUUUUCUUUUCAGUAACUUGUCGUUGCUAGUGAAUAAAAUAAAACCUGUUUCUACAUUGGGUAAUAGCAUAAGUAAUAAAUCAAGCUAGCAGGAACAAGGUUUCCUAAUGAAUGUAACACAGGGUACUAGUUUAACGCUAAGUUAAAUUUCAUUCAUGCAUAUGCUUUAUUGAUGAUAACAGUCUUACAGGAAACCAUAGACUCUAUUUGGAGAAAUUUACACUCUGUAUAUUAUUGGCAACUGGGUGUUGUGCUAGCCGCUAGGUGAUUUGUUUCAUUUGAUAAUAAGUAAUUAAGUAUCAAGGUGAUUUGUUUCAAUUCUUUUUUUUCAUGUAUUUUCAAAAAAAAAAAUUCAUAAUAAAAAAUUAUUAUCUUUGGUUUUUCUAAUAGUAUAGAUGUAGCUCUAUAUGCAUAAGUUCUAUAAAAUACAAUGAAAUUUAUAAUGUCCUUUUUGGUAAUUUAUCUAUGCUGGAAGCACUUUUAUUUUAAUGUAUUAUAUUAUCAAAAACAUUUUCUUUUUGUUUACAUCCAAACACUGACAGAUUCUCUGUAAAAGCAUUUCUGAUAGUAGUGCUGCUGACAAAAGUGAUACAAGCUAAGAGUGCUUUUACCAUAAUCACUCCCUAAAAGAUCAACCCUAAAAUAACCAAACCCUAAUACUUCAAAAUUCUUAAUUAUAAUGAUCUUGUGUUCUAAGCUUGUUUGGUUGUUGAGAAAAUUUAGGAAAAGAAAAAUUAAUUGAAAAUUUUAAAAACUCACAUAAAUUUCAAGAUCUGUGGCCAAAGGAAACCCUCAACUCUGCUUAACCAUUUAGCUUAAGGUGAGAUUUUCAUCUUCUAGAAACAAAAACCACUUAAAUUAUAAGAUUUAAAAUUUUCUUUUCUCUUCCCCCAUUUCUUCAGUAACUAAACAGAGGAUUUAUCUUCUUUUGAAUGCAGUUUCUUAUUGAAUUUUGUAGCAUAGCUAUUUAUUUAAUUGUUUCCUUUUGCGUGCAUCUGUUUGUUAAAACGAUGGAGAGUAGUACAUAUGUUUUGGUAGUUAGACUGUUGUUGAUUAGAUUGGAUGUGGCACCCAAUUGUUCAAAAUAGUUAACUGAUGGUGAUUAUAUUGUUCUUGGUCCAUGACAUUGCUUCUAGUUGAUUGAAUUGAGUGGCAUUGCCUUGAUUCUAUUGUGUUUCCGAUGAAGAUGAUAUGAAAAGUGAAAUGGGUGGUUAGUUUGAUUUCCAAGCUAUUUCUGGAAAUGGUGGGUUAAGGAAGCGGUGUUUUUCUAUCAAAUAUUGAUUAAAAAGGAAAUAGGAAAUUGAGUAUGCACACACACACACACACAAACACACACCAAAUGAACAAUGCCUAUGGUGUUGUGGGCAAGAAGAAAAUAGUGAGAAUAAUUACAGAGGUGGUCUUAAAAUGGUGGGGUGUUGUUGUGUAUCAAAAAAGUGGUGGCACCUCGGUUGGUACCGGUGGUCUAAUUAAAAGAAGUUGAAGAAUAUGAUACUCUAAUUUGGCAUGAAUAUCUGUUGGUAUCUGUAAUUUAAAUUAAUGCAUGGUAAUAUGAACUCUUGAUUUUGAGAGUUAUUCUGUUGUAGGAUUAUGUGGUUCUCUAUUUAUGGCUUUGGGGCAUUAAAAAGCUCAAUACCAUUUCAAGCUUUCUAUUGUUAAUCCAUUCUUAUAUGUUUCAGACUAACUGGAGAACUUGUGAGGAGAAUGUUAUCUAGACAGAUUAGAAACUUGCGCAAGAUUGUUGUGCAGAACUCUUUUGCAAGUUUGAUCGAGUUAGGUAAAUUUAAGCUUCCAUGUAGAUCAUUCUCAACUAAUUCGACUUGCAAGGAGCUACCAAGGAAGCUGAAGAAGUCAGAGAGGAAGCCAUGGGUUACUAGUGUUAAUGAACUCAAGUGUAAAGCUAGAUUGCAGAAGCAAGCUAGACAAGAGGUUUCUGAGAUUACUUUACGGCCUCCUGAAAAUGGAUUGCUGGUCAAGGGACUAGUGCCGUUCGCUCAUGAAGUCUAUGCUGCCAGAGCCAAACUAUUUACUUGUGUUUCAAUGGUUGUCAAGAGCACUAUCAUAUAUUCAUGCAGAUUAUGUGGAGAAGUUCAUGUUGGUCAUCCACCACAUAAGAUCAGAACAUGCAAUGUCACAGGUAGCCCAGCAAGCAAAGAGCAUGUUUGGGAAAUAGGGGGUGUGGAACAUGUUUUGCCUCUUGUGGAAUCUUUUCAUCUCUAUGACAGAUUAGGGAGAGCUGUUUCACAUAACGAGAGGCUCCAAGUCGAUCAGAUUCCAGCUAUUGUAGAAUUAUGUAUUCAAGCAGGCCUUGACAUCCCUGAAUAUCCAACAAGGAGAAGGACCUUCCCGGUUUAUAAUGUUGCUGGUAGGAUGAUAGAUUUUGAAAGGAGGUUUCCUAAAUAUGAUUCACCUGGCAAAGACAUCAAUGCGUAUGGGUUUUGGGAGAAGAGAAACCAGUCAAGUGAAAAUAAGUCUAUGCACCUGCUGGCUGAUGAUGUACAAGGAUUUGCUAUCCGAGGCAUGGAGGCUUGGGAGAAAAUGUGGUUAGGAGCCUCAAAACUUAUGCAGAAGUAUGCUGUCCAAACUUGUGGAUAUUGUUCAGAGGUCCAAGUGGGGCCUAAGGGUCACAGAGUCAGGAAUUGUCAAGCUUACAAGCACCAGAUGAGGGAUGGACAGCAUGCAUGGCAGGAGGCAACAGUGGAUGAUUUGAUUCCUCCGGUUCAUGUGUGGCAUGUGCGAGAUGUGCAGGAUGGUGGGCCGCUGGUAAAUGGUUUGCAGAGGUACUAUGGAAAGUUGCCUGCAGUGGUAGAACUGUUUGCACAAGCUGGAGCAAACGUGGGAGAGAAUUAUGUUGCCAUGAUGAGGGAAGAUGUUGCAGUCCCUGGGCUGGAUGAAGAAAAGUGGGUAGUGUGAAGUGCGGAGUUGAACCUGGGUGAGAUUCUGGGCAUCUUAGUCGAUAAAGAUUCUCUGAAAAGAUGCAGUCUCUGAUAAGAAACACCCACCAAUUCUGAUGCAUCAACCCAUUACAAGUUUGUUUGCUGCGCAAAUGGCUAACAAGAAGCAGAGGCAACCAACUAUACCUGAGGAAUUCAAGUAAAUUAGUCCUGCAUUCAACCCCUAAGCCAAGUGAAUCAGAGGAUUGUGUCAUCAUUGAGGUGGAAGACCACCAGGAAAUCAGUGACCUAUCUGUGCCAAGGAGGAAAUAGAUAGGAUGAAGGAGGAAAUGGAGAUGGAAGAUUUGGUGGAAAUGACAAGAAUUCACUUGCAGUUGUUGAGUACAUUGAUGAAAUAAAUGCAUACUACAGGAAAACAGAGUUCUGGCCGUGUCUCACCAAAUUAUAUGUCACAAACGACGACAGGAUGAGAGGCAUCCUCAUUGACUGGGCCAUUGAUGGAUGAGACAUUGUAACUUACUGCCAAUCUUAUUUGCCCAUAUUGCCCAUAUUAUGACCUGAAACGCUUGCAUUUAACCUGCAAAUUCUGCUGAUUAGUUCUGGUGUGGUGUUCAAUCCCAUAUGCAAUAUGAUGAAUUGGUCCUUUUUAUUUUUUAUUAUUUUUCUUUUUGUUCUUUAUGCAUAUGCCCAUGGGUUACAGAUGGGCCACUCAACAAAAAAUUAUACAUGGAAGGAUCUUCUAACCAUGCUAAAAGAUAUCUUAGAGGUUUGACAGGCAUGGUUUUAAUCUGAUUUUGAGACAA